AUGCCGCGCGGAAAGAGGGUACCUUCGUUUUUGCUUAUUUUUCUUGCCCUUCCAUCCAUCAAUGCCGAUGUCGUCUCGCUCGUUCAAAAGGGAAUGAGUUUAGAGUUCCUGGAAGCUCAAAUAGACAUCAACGAAAUUGUACCAGACUACGACGAUGAAUAUGAAAGCUCAUCAAACUUUUCGACAAUCGCCAGGAGACCCCUGGGAGGAGCAAUGGAGGACUUCGCGACUCGUAUGAGCAGAGACGACAAAGCGAUUCUCGCAGCGUUGAAGAGUAUCGAAGAUAUGGAUACGAACCUGGCUUCUUAUAUCGACCCAGCUGAUGUUCGUCUUCCAUGUUCGAUCGCCCUUAGCUCAGCCAGAAUCAACUUCUUGUCCAAGUUGUUAUUCAAGCAAGCAACUCGAGCGGCCGAUAUAAAGAAUACCAAACUUACCAAGGUUGGAUUCCUUCGUGACUGGGCAGCAUCUAUCAUCAGCAAUUCCGCGGACAGUAUCCAGCAAACCCUGUUUAACAUCGACUACCUCUUUGAAAACAUCGUUGGUGACGUUGGACAGCAGCUUCGCCAAAGCUCACAGUCGAAUCCAGCUCAUUUGACUGCUUUUCUUCAGUUCAUGCGAUCCCUGCAACUCAAAGGUCAUAUUUUGUGGGGUGCUGCGCUCGAUAUUAUCAGCAAGGAAAAGGAUGCAGGACUGAAAGCACUUGAAGAAUUCGCGGUGAAAGCUGCGCGGCAAAGUAGCACAGUCAAUAUAAAAGAAGAUUUUAUGAAGAUACUUGGUGGGGGAGCAACUGUUGGCGUCAAAUCGAUGCUUUACGAGUCUUAUUUACGUUGCGCCGACAAAUUUGAAGAACCAAUCAAUACUCAAAGUCGCUAUGAUCUUUGGGAACACAUGACUAUCGAGCCUGCUGACGAGGGUUUUCACAUACGAACUCACUUUGGAACGUAUGUUCAGGCAGUUGAAGGCGAAGAAAUGCCUGUUAUCCAAACUCGAAAUAAAAAGGACUUCGGAACAAUCUGGAACGCAGAGUAUCAAGAUACUCCGAUCACUGCUUUUGGCACCGUAAGAGGGAUCAAAACUGCUCAUGGAAAUUACUGGGCCGAGGGUAAAACGCGACUCGGAAAUUCUGUCAUGACGACCACCGACAAGGUGUCCAAACUCACUGAAUUUUCAAUCGUUCCUGUAAGCGAUACAAAACUAGAAGUCUACAUCAUCUCUCCAACUGGAAAAUAUGCAACUUACAAUCCUCUGAGCUCCAAGAUUACGCUAAAUGACGAGCCAAGUAUUUACUCCGAGUUUUUGGGACAAUCGAUCGACGACGAAUUUAUCGGACUUCUCACAGGUGAUGGUCAGUGGAUUCUGACUCCGCCAGGAAAGCUUGGUUCAGUCAAAGUUGGGUCUACAAUUGACAGCAGAAAUGGAGCCAGUGACUGGAAAAAGAUCGAGCGAUUCAGUGAAAAGGAAUCUUACUACCACAUUGUAUCCGAGUUCGGAACAGCGAUGCAAGUAACUGGGCCUCCACUCGACCAAGAUGCCGGAAGCCAUCCGAUCGUCACUAACAUUCCAGCUGGCCUAGGCAUCGAAUACAAAUGGGAGUUUGAAGCUGGGUCCGGAAAUAUCGAUGGCUUACUUUCUCUCAUGAAUGGUCAAUAA